CAGGGCGGUGGCGGCGGCGACGUCGUAGUAAUGGCACUUUUCACUCCGCGGGAAACCCCGUCCUCUACUUACUUACUUGGUCUAGCAGUUUCUAUUCAAGGAUUACUGGGUCAAGCGGUUCUUAGCACGUCGAACGUGAACACAUACGGUUACACCGUGUAUAUAUACAUUACCUACGUGACUCCGGGGAACCCGCGUAGACCUUCUGGAAAAAGUUGAGCUCGAUCAAAAGUUCACGAGUCAACGAUAAUAUCCCGGCAAAAGUUGAAAGUUGAAAGUUUCACCAGCGUAUCUGAAACAAGGGACUUUCGGACACCGUGAAAUCAAUUUCCGAUACGCGUACCUCGAACCGGGAAAAGGAAGGUCAAAUGAAAAAUCGACUUCCACCUCCGAGUCGGAAAAUAAAAAUUCCACCCAUUUCUCCUCUGCUCUUCGAAAUUGUACAACAAACGAAAAACAGAUGAGAUCUUCGAAACUUCGAAAUAUUGUUCGGAGUAAAUUUCGAAAAAUGAAAUGAUGAGGAAAAAAGGAAAAACGGAAUCUUAAUUACAUUGUAGCGGGUGGCAGCAUCCGGCAAGGUCAGUCCAUCGACCGAAAGCCAAGCUUAGCGGGGCUUCGUGAUUUUUUUUUCUUUUACCCCCCACUCGAUCGAAUCGAUACCAGGUCAUUGUUGGUAGCGGUCGGUACACACCGGAUAAAAAAAGAUCCGACUCUACCUACGGAUUCGAACUCUUUAUCAAUUCAGGUCAAUGCUCAAAGAGAUUCGUUGUGGUUUUUUUUUUUCUUUCUUUUUUAUUUCUACUUCUUCUUUUUCUUUUUCAUUUUUAUUUCCUCCGCAGAGUCACCAGGUAUGCGAUCAAUUUUGAAUCCACUCGAAAUGUCGUUAAUUAAUUCGGAGGCACGGAACGGACGGAGGAGGAAUGUUAUUAAUUGUCGGUGAAAAUUCAAGUGGGCUAAUGUUGUGUAAGAAAGUUUCGUUCCGGUUUUUAGUUGAAAAAAAAAGAGGAAGAAAUAAAAAAAAGAAAAAAAAAGAAAAAGAAAAAAGGAAAAAACACGAAGAACGCGAGGUGCUUCGAUGUUAAAAGGAACGAAAAAUAGCACAACAAACAACACGCGGAGGGCUUAGUCUUAUAAAACUAAACGGAUGAUGUUAUUUAUAAACUCGCGGUGCCCCCGACCCCCUCCGCCCCCGGCACAGUUCCCACCCCCCCGUCGCGAAUUUUACACGCCAAGUUGAAGGACGUAUUUAAAUGAAUCCAGACAAUAGAUACGGAGGCAAGUUUUAUCGAUAGUGGGAGGUCAACUCCCCACCGAACUAGCCCGUUUGAUUGCCCCCCCAUAUCGCGGCCACCCGACACCCACCGUCUCCUCUCCCACAGACCCCACCGUCCGUCCGGUUGACCAAGUCGCCUCGCAAAACUCCGACUAAAACACCGCGCGGUAGUGUUGAGUUUGUUUGUGGGGACGACGGUGUCAUGCGGUGAUCUCUCGCGAUCCGGUGGUAUUAUUCGCUUAUACGGUUUUAAUUUCGAAAGUAAAUUGGCACCGGUUGACCCCAGUUAACAUACCUUGACUGGCCUUCAACUUAACUCGACCGUACUGACAACUGGAAAUCGUGCGAGUCGACCCAGUUUCACAUAUGAAACGUGUGACAACAACCUUACUCCAUUAAGCCGUGCGGAUAACCCGUGAGACGGCAACGAAAAUUACACGCGUGUAUACGUAUAUUUCGUCUUUGAAUUUCAAAAAAAAAGAAAAAAAAAAACUGGCACGAAUUCGCCACUAUCGGAAUUAUAUGUAUAUAAUGUCGCGUGGAACUGCAUGAGAAAACGGCGACAGAAGAAGUCCACUCGUCGUGUAAAACUCGCUCGACUACAUGUACACGUCAAUAAAAUAAAUAAAAAACAUCUCGGUCGUUCGGAUAAAUAAAUAUUCAUCAUCGCCGAUCCCCAGGGUAUACAGAAACAUCGGACUAAUUGUGUCGUCUGAUCGUUAAAAGGAGUGUGUGUACGAGUGAAGUUUUGCCAAAGAUAAAAAACAAAAAAACAAAAACAAAAAAAACAACAACAAAAAAAUAAAAAGUAAUCGAUAAAAUUGCGAUGGAUCCCUAAAAAUGUGCGAAGGGAAAAUUUCCUUCGAACAUUAUUGACCGUGGUGAAAAUAAAACAGUGGCGAUAUCAACGAACGUCUAACGAUGUUCGGUGCUUCUGUGGUCGAACAACGCGACAGAAGACCAACUGGAUGUGGUCAGAAUCAUCAUUAUCAUCAAAUGGUUCGCACGACGAAAGUUCACCAAAGUUCAAGAACCACCAGAGUAGUGACGGUUCAGGAGAGAGUCGUCAGGUCCAGACUUCAGCUGGGAUACUCGACGCCCACGGCCUUCAUGCAUCGUUUUCCGCAGAAAAUGGAGAGGCCGUCGCACAGCGCGAGUCUCGGGCAAGUUCACGGCGCGAGUUCCCACGGGAUGUACUCAACCGGAAGUCAGUCGGCGCUCUCCACUUCCUACAUCACGGGACAGUCGUACAUACAGGGCCAGAAUUACAUUCACACUUCCUACCCGACAACGACUGCCCAGGCUUUUCCGCACGGCGGCUACAAUUCGCAGCCCCAGAGCUACGGCGCCAUGGUUCAAGGUUACGGUGGCCAGCCGCAGUCCUCCUACCAGCAACCUCUUCACAAAAAGGGUAGCGUCAGGAACGGUGACGUCCUGAAACGCUGCAGACUUCAAAAUGCGUAUGAACUGUCCCAAGACCUGCUGGACAAGCAGAUCGAGAUGCUCGAGCGAAAAUACGGCGGCGUGAAAGCGAGGAACGCGGCGCUGACGAUACAGAGAGCGUUUCGGAGGUACACGCUGCUGAAGAAAUUCGCGGCGAUCACGGCGAUGGCCAAGGCCGAGAAGCGACUGAGCAGGAGGCUCCAGGAGACGUCGGAGAGGCCGGGAAGCGCGAUGGAAAACGAAAGGGUUACGAGCUACCACAGUCAGAUCUACAUACAGCAGCCGCAGGCGGCGAACAACCGGCCAAUGCCGAUCAGGAGCAUGUCGCUGAGGGAGCGAAGGAACGCCGACAAUUCGCAGUCGUCCCACAUACCGAGGAGUCAGAGCGGCCGUUGCGGCGAUGUUCAAAUCGGCGCGCAUCAGUCAACCGCCGGACACCACCAGAGCAAUCACAAUUUACACCAGAGCAAUCACAGCCUACAUCAGACGGGGAGGCACACGCCUUCGCUGGUGCCGAGCCCGUGCGGAAGACAUCAGCCGCCUCCCAGCCCCUGCUGGGACUCCAGUUCGCAGGGUAGCGGCUCCAGUAUCCAUUACUACAAUCCGCAGGAGACGUUGUGCGGUUUGAGGCAGGAAACGCCGCCGAGGGAUAUGCACAGAACGCCGUGCACGUCGCCUUCGACGCCGCAAAAUCUUCAGGCACCGCCUCCCCAGUCGUGGGGCAGCGUUUCGCAAAGCGGCGGUUCUUCGGCCGGCAGGGUGCGAAAUUCCGGUAAAAAAGUACCGCCGGAAGUACCGAAGAGAACUUCGUCGAUCACCUCGAGGUCGAUGGAGGGCAGGCACAACGGGCUUAGCAAGAGCGUCGAAAACGGAAGUCUCAGUUCCGUGCAAAGUUCCGGCAGCGAUUCGACCAAUUGCGAGAGUUCCGAAGGCGACGCUCACCGGGGUUCGCCGAUAUGGAAGCACAAGGGAAUCUCGAGUUCGCCGGAGCAUCAGGAGUGCGGACAUCCGAGCGACUCGGGCAGCGCGAUGACCAGCAUCAAGGAACUCAGCCAUUCCCACGCCAGCUCCGGAUACCAACUGCCGUUGAUGGAUCACACGGAAGCACCGCCGCAAACUAGUUACAAGGUGUCGGAGACCGUACGAAAACGUCAGUACAGAGUCGGUCUGAACCUAUUCAACAAGAAACCGGAGCGCGGCAUCAGCUAUCUCAUCAGGCGAGGGUUCCUGGAAAACAGUCCCCAAGGUGUAGCGAGGUUUCUCAUCAGCAGAAAAGGCUUGUCCAAGCAGAUGAUCGGCGAGUACCUCGGCAACCUUCAAAACUCCUUCAACAUGGCCGUCCUAGAGUGUUUCUCCCACGAGCUGGAUCUCUCCGGUAUGCAGGUGGACGUGGCGCUGCGCAAGUUCCAGGCUUACUUCCGUAUGCCCGGCGAGGCCCAGAAGAUCGAACGUCUCAUGGAAGUCUACAGUCAGAGGUACUGUCAAUGCAAUCCUGACGUGGUGGCGCGUCUCAGGUCGCCGGACACGGUCUUCGUGCUCGCCUUCGCCAUAAUAAUGCUGAACACGGACUUGCACACGCCGAAUCUCAAGCCGGAGCGCAGGAUGCGGCUGGACGAUUUCAUAAAAAAUUUGCGCGGCAUAGACGACUGCGGCGACAUAGACAGGGACAUACUGGUCGGCAUAUACGAGAGGGUCAAGGCUAACGAAUUCAAGCCGGGUUCCGACCACGUCACCCAAGUGAUGAAGGUACAGGCCACGAUCGUUGGGAAAAAACCGAACAUGGCACUGCCGCACAGAAGACUGGUCUGCUACUGCAGACUCUACGAGAUACCGGACAUCCACAAGAAGGAGAGACCCGGCGUACAUCAGAGGGAAGUAUUUCUCUUCAACGAUCUGCUGGUGGUCACGAAAAUUCUCAGUAAAAAGAAGAGCAGCGUCACCUACACCUUCAGACAGAGUUUUCCGCUGUGCGGAAUGGUCGUCACCUUGUUCGAAGUUGCACAUUAUCCUUACGGGAUAAGGUUAUCGCAGCGCGUCGACGGCAAAGUUUUGGUAACGUUCAACGCAAGGAACGAACACGACCGUUGCAAGUUCGCCGAGGACCUCAGAGAGUCGAUCAGCGAGAUGGACGAGAUGGAGACGCUGAGAAUCGAGACGGAACUCGAGCGGCAGAAGAGCAGCCGCGGCGCUCGGGGCAGCGCCGAGAAUCGCGACUCCGGUGUCGCGGACGUGGAAGUUUGCCCGUGUCCCGGAAGUUGCACGGAAAGACCGGAAACCGUCGACCUCGAUUCUCAGCUCAAGAGAUCCGCACUGAGCAACUCCCUGCUGGACAUUCACGAACAAUUCGCAGGUGAAAAGCCCCAACGUCGCGGAAGCGUUGGUUCGUUAGAUUCCGGUAUGUCCAUUUCGUUUCAAUCGACAUCGGCGAGUUCGAUGAGCCAGGGUGUUAAAAAUCCGAACGUCCAAGUCCACCACACGUCUCACCCGGGUUCGACCGUGCCGGGUGGUGCGAAGGGGCUGGCUCAGCAGCCGUCUUUUUUAGGAGGUCUUUUCGCUAAGCGGGAACGAAAACCAUCGAGGUCGGAAGAAUCCGGGCCGUACAGUCGUACGACGGAAGUGUAAAUGAAAGACGUAUUUUCGAUGUUCGAACGGAGAAUUUUAUCGCAAGCAGAAAGUCGAUCGAUCAACACCGAUUUCCCGGACGGUUUCGAUUCGUUCGACGUAACCUCCAAAACCAUGACAGAAAAAAAAAAAGAAAAUAGGACAAAAGUUUACAGAUGAUACCAAGCUAGAAGCCAUGACGAUUUUCAGUUUUCCGUUCCGUUGAUUCGAUUUUCGAUCGAGGAACAAAUUCCGUACUUUCUGCUCGCGAUAAAAUUCGUAAGAAAAAUUCGCUCUCAUGAUUGGGCAGGAUCCGAUCUGAGAACGCCAAUCAAGAUGUAUAAUAAAGGGUUUCCGAAACGAGAGAAUGAAAGAAAUGAUCGUCGACUAUUUAUGAGCAUGAAAAUUCGAAUCGAACGAAAACAAAAGAUAAAUUAUACAGUUAUCGAUGAUUCAUGGAAUUUGAUUACGUGCACGUAUAAUUAUUGUACAAUAAUAAUUAAUAAUGAUAGUAAUAAUGAGUAAUUCCGUUUAACCUAUAUAACGUCAAAUGACUGAAAUCGUUACGAAAUUAUUAUCCCGAAUUGUAAAUAUAAUUGAAUAAUGAAAUAAAUAUGUAACGAUUAAAAGAAGAAAAAAAAAAAAAAUUAAAAAAAAA